UGCGUAUGAAGAAAAUGUGUUUUAUCUAGCAUCAGAUAAAGUUGUAAAAUGUACAACGCUUAGUUAUUCUGAUACCGUUCUUAUUCUGUUAAAGUUAGGGAAUGCUACAUUUCGGUCAUACCGAGAAAAAGACUGAUAAAUGAAGGAUAUUAUAUUAUUAGAUACUUUGUUACAUUGAACUGAUAUGUACGAAAUAACGUAUUCAGUCAUAGAAAUUCGUUAUUUUAAAUGUUCAGAACACUAUUAUACCAUGCGUUGUUGAAAUCGAAAGUGAGUUUUAAAUUACGAUUAAAAAAAUCAUUUUUCAACUGACAAGUGAAAUAAACCGUAUAGUUAUGAAUGAUAUUUUAAUACUAUUUUGACAUAUAUUGCUCUGUUAUUUAUCAUAUGACAUAACUUUGUGAGAACUAAAUGUCUCGUUUAACAGAAAAAUACCAAAGAGGGAGUAACUAUCAAAAUGGCGACUGGGGGUAGUGAAGUGGCCUCGGAUGAAUUUUCAGAUUUUCAUUGUUUUAUUUGCACUUACAAAGUUGCUGUAAAAUAUUGUGUUGAAUGUCAAGGUUACUGCUGUCAGUCUUGCGUUGACACGCAUUCACGAUUUCCUGCUUUGAAAAGCCACACACUACUUGACCCAUCAACUGGUAAAGUAAAGGGAUCAUCAAUCACAUUGCCGACGCAGAGAUGUUCUAUUAACACCAUCAAAUUUUUUGAUAUGUAUUGCAAAGACCACGAUGAGGUGGGCUGUAUAACAUGCAUGGCUUUAAAACACAGAUUUUCUAAAACUACGAAAGAGGAAGUAACUAUCAAAAUGGCGACUGGCGAUAGUGAAGUGGCCUCGGAUGAAUGUUCAGAUUUUCAUUGUUUUACUUGCACUGACAAAGUUGCUGUUAAAUACUGUGUUGAAUGUCAAGUUUACUGCUGUCAGUCUUGCGUGGACACGCACUUACGAUUUCCUGCUUUGAAAAGUCACACACUGCUUGACCCAUCAACUGGUAAAGUAGAGGGAUCAUCAAUCACAUUGCCGACGCAGAGAUGUUCUAUUCAUAGCAUCAAGUUAGUUGAUAUGUAUUGCAAAGACCAUGAUGAGGUGGGCUGUACAACAUGCAUGGCUUUAAAUCACAGAUCAUGUAUAAAUGUCCAUUCUAUUCCUGAUGACAUCGACACAUUAUUCAGUACAAAAGAUCUUGCAGAUAUAAAUCGGGGUUUAGAAAACACUACAAAACGAUUUGAAAACAUCGAACUAAAGAAAGAAGAGGCUCUUGUAGGCUUAAAUUUGUCAAGAAAGAAAGCCGACAUGAAGAUCGACACUGAAAAACAAGAGCUUAUUACGAAUUUAGAAAACAUUGCAAGACAAUCUAAAGAGGACCUUAGGAGAAAAUAUGAGACCGCAAAAGAUGAGAUUGAAAAAGACCGACAAUCAGCGAAAGAAUUCAAAGAUGGCUUUAGAAAGCUAACAACAGAAUUUGAAACAUCAGCAGGAAACAAGUCACAACAAUUUGUUUGCAUGAACAUUGCAAAACGAAAAAUAAAAGAAGGAAAAGACAGCUUAUCUGACUUCAAAUGCAAUGGAGAAGCCAGCGUUUCAUUUCAUGUAGAUUCGGGAAUACUGAAAUUUUCUAGAGACACUAAAAUCUUUGGUAGAGUAAAAUCCACAAUAGGAACCAGCCACCACUACACUGUUGAGACUGUCAAAGAUAUGAAUGUUAAGUUACAAGAUGAUGGAACAACUUGUGAUAUAUCUGGCUCAUGUUUGAUAAGAUGGAAUGCUGUUAUUAGCUGAUUGCAAAAAUAAAAAGCUUAAGCGCGUUAAUAUCGAAACUAUGACUAUUGAUAGUUCCUGUAGUUUUGACCAAAAGCCAUGGGGUGUAUGCUGUACCAGUAAAGACGAAGCAGCCGUUACCCUUUCUUCGCCUGAGAGUAUUCAGUUUGUCUCAAUCGGUACUGAACUAACACCUACAAGAAAAGUUAACAUUUAUCAUAACUGUCUCGGAAUUUCUUUUAAAGAUGAUAAGCUUUAUAUCACUGAUAAUGCUCAAACGUUAUAUAUACAUGAUAUGUGCGGUAAUGAACUACAAAAAAUAUCAACAGACAUCACAGGCAAUGGUCUGUUUUGCUUUGUCCGAGAAAUUGACCUCAGUGAUGAUUUGCGAGGUGGUGUAGUUGCAGAUCUGAAUAAAGGUGUUAUCAUUCUUAAUGAUCAGUAUCAGCGCGUUGCUGGAUAUUGUGAACCCGAGUUGCAAAAUGCAACAUCAGUGUGCACAGAUGAUGUGGGAAGCAUAUUUGUGUGCGGAUAUUACUCACACAACGUGUUACAGAUAGGAUAUGAUGGGAAGAAGAUAUGUGAUGUGUUGACAAUAACGCAUGGACUACAAUAUCCCGAGUCAGUGUGCUUUGAUUCUACAAAGCGUCUGUUGCUUGUGGGUCAGAACAGUGACUUUGUCAAAAUCGUUCAACUUAAGUAGUGAAU